CCGAGAAAUGAGAGCCCCGUGGCCCGUCCUGAUUCUCGCCGUGAUCCUGGACCCGUUGUUGCUCCUGGGGGAGGCGGUAUGUCACCGUAAUGACACCAACUUAAGUGCCGUUGGCCAAAGGUCGGGAGAGACCUUGUCCAGACGUAGACGGGAGCUCACUUUUCCAAAGGGAAGCGCUUUCGUGAUGACACUGAGCCUUCUAAAAGCAAUUCAGCUUAACGAACCUAAAAGCUGGAACUUAGAUCUGGAAUUUGAUACGAUUUGGCCUAUACCUAGUCAGGAAGAUUUGAGGAAAGUUGCGAUCAGAAAGCCAUCCAAACUAAAACGGCGACACAGACGUGAACUCUAUGCCAAUUUGGAAUUAGCGUUGGACAGUCGAAACUUGCCGGGACGAUUAUGCAUCUUGCGUACAAUUUGCGAGGCGGAAACGGUACUAAGUCCUCCGGGAUUGUCAAUUAUCGAAGAUGCCAUACGGAUUAUUUUAAGGAAUUUUGAGGAUGUUGAUAAUUAUGAUUGCUAUGAUCUCGCGUAUCGAACGAAAGGUGAUUGUGAAAUUGUUUAUCCAUGUCCAUUCUCGUUGUUAAAAUUAUUGUUAUACAAUUUAUAUACAGAGGGAAUAUGAGAAAUAACCGAUUAAAAAGUCAAAUUGAUAAAACUCGUAUAAAUUGUAUAACAUAAUCCAUUACAAGAUUUCAUAUUUAAUUAGAGUAGUUUUUGUUAUAGGUGAAAAAUCUGUGAUAUUCUCGAUAUUGCGUGAAUAAAUAUUAAAAUAUUCAAAAUGUAUACAUCAAAAAUCAUCGAUAAAAUACAAUAAAAUAAAGUGAAUCUAUGAAAAAAACGAAUAAUUCAUUCCAUCUACACUCCUCUGUAAUUUUUAUCUGACAUAUCUCAAAGAUAUUAUCAAAUAAUUGCCAAAUAAAAUAAUUGCCGUUAGAAGCUAAUUCUAAAAAUAUGCAUUCUCUUUUGUGGCUCUAAUGAGCCACAAUUUUGGUCAAGCGAGCAUUUCAGUUGAAAAUUUCAAAUUAUAUCAUUUAGCAUUACACUAGUGUAAUUAAGCGAACAGCGCUUGUUAUUAUUAGUUCACCAAUACAUAUAAAGUAAUAGAAUUGCUUUCAUAUUUGAAAUUAUCUUGCUGAUAUGCUUUUAUUGUUGGCUUUAUUAUUUCAAAUGCGUGUUGCCACUGAUAGUUGCGUUUGAAUUUAUAACUGUCCUCUCCUCAUAAAUAACUAAGUUUCUAUUUCAGUGCUUACUA